UUCACCAGGCCCAUCACUUGCGUUGUGUGUUAAUCCACCGUAUCGCCCGUCGCUCCAGCAGCUGCCACCCGCGCGCGCCGCCGCGGUGAGGCCAGUCUGUGUCCGCCUUUCCGGCCGGUCUGGGUGCCCCGUGCCCGUGUCCGGUGUCCAAAGAACUCCCUCCAAACACCGGCGCCAUGGGCUUUGCUGAAGAGAAUCCCGUCGCCGACGGGAGGCUCGGACGGCCGCGGCCGCGACGCUCCGCCGCCGUCGUCUGCGAGCGGCCGCCGCACAGGACGGGACCAGCAGGCGGCAGCUGUUUCCUUCCUCGGCAAGCCAGGCUCCACGCAGGUGACGUGUCUCCCUGUGCCUACCAAAUGUGGGCCCCACAUGUCAGUGGACGGCAACCGCCACGUCAGAUUCGCCGCCCGCCUCUCUCGUCGCCGAGAGCCUAUUUAAACCCGACGCCGCCUCGGCGCUAACCGCCGCGACAGCAAACACCUCGCCUCUCUCUCUCUCUCUCUCUCUCUCUCUCUCUCUCUCUCUCCCCCUUUCUCUCUCGCUUGCUGCUCGCUCCUCGCCGGCGACGAGGGCAGGAAGCCAUGUUCGGCACGGAGUCCAGCAGCACGGGCGGGAGCUCGUCGACGAGCACAGGCGACAGCCCUCACUGCUGGAGCCCGGGGACGAACGUUCAGCCGGGCGCGGGCGUGGGCUUGAACUCGAUCUGCUUCGCGUCGUCCGGCGACGGGCCCGCGCGCCUUGGCGUGGCGCCGUUCGAGAACGGGCAGUGCGUGCGGCUCCUCAACCGCGGCCGCGGCGGCUACCUCUUCGCCGACGAGUCGGGGGUGCGCGUGCGCACCGACUGCCGCCGCGGGCUGAUCAACACCGUGUGGUGCGUGCAGAUCCUGGGGGGAGACACCCCGCACAUCUUGCUCCGCGGCGCCUACGGCCGCUACGUCGCCGGCACGCCCUUGGGCGCGGACGAGGGCCACAUCGGCAUCCUCGUCACGCAGCGCGUCUUGGAGACGAUGGACACCAACGUCAUGUGGCGCACCGUCCCGGGCCCGAGAGGCGGAGGCGUUGUUCUCAUCAACGCGAGCUCGUUCAAUGGAGGUCUGAGGGCCCUCCGGACCAACGGCAAGUACCAACGCUGGAACACGGGCGUCAGCCUCCAGUGCAUCGACCGCUUCAACGCGCGCUUCAGCUCGAUGAUGGAGUGGGAGGUUCAGGUCAUCCCCACGAGGGUGCAGAGGCCACCGUUCCAGGUGGGAGGAGCAGCAUGGCUUUGUGGGCUACAGCGCCGAGGCUCUGGAGAGAUACAAGUCGGUGUUAGGGUGGCUGAUGAUGAUGGGAACUUCAAUAUCCCGGGCCCGCAAAAUCUGUCGGUCCCUGGAAGGAGUCUGAUUGAACUGGGCAGUGUCCUGGAAGAUCGACUCGGCAGCAACUUUCGCUUCCGGAACAUGUCCAUCUUUAUUCGAGCAGGCAGUCUUGGGCAGCCCUUCCCUCUGCUCACUGAUCUUCCCAGUGAACUUGACUACUUCGAGGUCGUGGUGUUCAUGGUUGGUACACCAGGGUACAGGCGGCUGCGCUUUCCAGAUAUUGAUGCUGCAUAGGAGAAAAGGAUAGGAAUAGGACCAGGCAACACUUUCUUCCCCUCCCGGCCUCCCCUGGACAGUGUGGUCGACGCCUCCACCAUUUUACAGCAACAUGAUGGCUUUGGAGGAUUAGAAAAGUCCCCUUUGGUUUUUCUGAACAGUCCCUGGCAAUGUAUCAGUUUACUGUCACUACUAGCAAUAAGAUAAUCAGUUACCAAAAAAAAAAAAACAGUCCUGGACUGAUUCUUUCGCAACUCUUUUGGACAUUAGGAGACGGCUUUGUUCUUCUGAUGUUUUUGGCACUUCGCUGGAAGUAUGACUAUGAGUAUGCUUCUUGCUCAUAGGAAUGUGCUGAAGUCGUUAGUUCUCUGUUAA